AUUCAACUUAAACAAAAUGGCUCAAUUCAUAGGAAAAUGGCAGGCUGGCAAAGGUUCAAUGUCAAAUUUUGAGGCAUUUGGUAAAGCUAUGGGCCUUCCUGCUGAAAUACUUGAAAAGUUUAGAGACUCCACCUGGACCGCUACGUUCAGUAAAGAUGGAGACACGUGGUCGGUUGAGAAUGAGUCUUCUGUUUCACCAAAAAGGACGUACAGUUACCAAGAAGGGAAGGAACUAGUUACAACAAAUAUGUUCGGAAAAGGUCUGAAGUUAACAGCUACGUUUGAUUCUGAUACUAAAAUGACAGUAAUGGAACAGACUGAAGGCGAAAGUGGUUGGAAAAGUCUGAAAGCAGUCCGAGAAAUAAAGGGUGACAAGAUGAUAGCUACAAUUCAAGAACUUGAAAGUGGAGUGUCAAUGACCCAAGAAUUCACAAGAUGCUGAAAAAUGAAACAUUGUAACAGUUACAGAUAAUCUAUAAUUGAAAUAAGCAGUAGAGACUAAUACGUCAAUCUAGUACGUUGAUGUUGCCGCAUUUGAAACAACAUUUUCCUAGAUGUAAUUCUAAGUAUUCAGUGACCAUGGAAUCAUUUGAACUUGAAAGGAAUGACAGUUAAGAGUCGGCUGCUUAAUUACGUACAAAUACGAGACUUUUAAGCAAACAUCCUUCUUUUAAAUGAUAGCUGUUAAAACUUUGUUAUAUUCUAGUCACUGGUUACGUUGUACAAAAUUUUAUUAAAAUGCCCCCCAAAAAAAAAACUGAAUUACAAAAUUUAGUCGUCCCAUUCAGUGAUAGGGAUCCUAGUUUCCAUUUUUAACAGCAUGCACUCUUUCCGGAGAAAGAAUCCACCUUCAUGAUAUCUUUUUUCAAUCAAUAGUCUGUAACAAAAAAAAACUAUAAAUCGUGUUCCGUAUCAGCCGAAUAUCUCACAAAUAAGUUCAAAAUUAAACAGAAUUAAUCAUUUUUCAGAACUACACAUGUAUUUGUCAUCACUAUCACCAUAAUUAACGUAACAAUUU